UUUAGUAAGACAGUGUUUAAGGCUGGACGCUUGUGCAAUAUUUUUGUUAAAGAAAUUGAAGGAAAAAAAAGAAUAAACUUUUUUAUCAUGGAAACAGCAGAAUGUUGUGUCAUAUAGUUGUUUAAGGCAAAGAAAACUACGAACUAACUUAAGUUGCACAACUUAAAAUUAAGAUUUAUUGAAUUGUUUCCUACAAAUUCAACUUUUCAUUUCAAUUUCUAUGUACAUGUAAUUAAAAAUAUUCUCAGCCACUUCUGUUCGUGUCGAGAAUUUCUACUUUUAAAUGUUAAGUGCUUUCAAACGAAGUGAAAAAAUAAACCUUCUGUGAAAAAGAGUGAAAAGUGUCUUAUUCACUCAAUCAGCAAGCACAUCAUUUUAUUUCUCAACUUUAAGUGCAUAUGACUAAUAGAAUAAAUAAACACAUUCAAAGGGCGACAAGAGAAGAGAAAUAAAAUAAAAGAAAAAAUACGCGAAGCAAUAUUAAGUUUCUUGGAAAAUUUCAUUUCAUAUUUCUUGGCAUUUUGGAGCGUUCCAUAGAAAGAUUUCUGAAUUUAAAAAAAAUAAAUAAAAUAAGAAGAAAAAGAUUUCUUUGUGGUGGUUUCGAUAAAAGUGUUGUGAAGUUGAAAAAGCAGCCACAAAAUAUAGAAAUACGUGAAAUGAAAAGACAUUGAGAAGAUUAUUAAGUGCUUUAAUCAACAAGAUUGUCGAAAGAAAGAAACAAAGAACCAUAGGAACCAAAUCAUCUCAUUUUAAGUAAUAUUCUCAAGACUUUUGUUUGCUAAAAUAUUAUUUGAUUACAUCUUACAACAAACAACAAAAAAAUUUGUGUUGUGAAUGAAGUUCGCGUGAAUUGUAACAUAAAAAAUCAGCGCUUAAACAACACCGAUACGAGAAGAGAGUGGAAAAAUAUUAUUCAUAGAUUAAUGAACGAAAUAUCGCAAAAAAAAAAAAUAUUUCAAUUAGAAGCAAAUUCGAUGGAUGUAAAUUUGCUGUGUUGUGAGGAGCGCUCAUUGUUGUAGAGUAAUUUCAUUCAUCAACUUAUUAUUUUUUUUCACUCUUCAAACCAUCGAACAACAACACAGCAGCAUAAUAAAGUUUUUGUGAAAGUUGCGGGUCGCUGAGUAAUAAAACAAAAAUUUAUUCAUACAAGUUUGUCGCGGACCUGGUUUUUUGGUGUCGAAGCAUCUUCCCGGAAUCAUCUGUGUUCGUUCACAUCAUCUGGUUGAGAGACUUUUUUUUUCUUAUAUUUCCAUCAUUCCUUCAUCUUCACCUUUUGUCAACGACUCGUGCAAAUAUUUUUUUUAGUGAACACAAAAGUAAUCAGAAGAAGAAAAGAAACAGAUAAGUUUGUCGUCGACAUGUUGAAAAAUGAAUAAACGGUGCUAAAAUUCUUUUGAUAUUCAUUGGCGGUUAACUGCGACCUCGACAUCAAGAAGAUACUUCUUUCAGCUAUCAACAAACAAAUAAACCUCGACAACGUGCUGAGUGUUUAAUUGCAACAAAUUGCCUUCGUCUCAAUAGACUAUAAAAAUAUUUAAGCCAUUUAAAUCACAAGCAACCGUGGAACCGCACAACUGUACAUUACUUACAAGUUUUCCAAAAGACAGAAAGAGUAAAUAAAAGUUAUCAACAAGCUAACAAAACGGUGCAUUAACUGCAUUUUUUGUGAUUGAAAGUGAAAAAAAAACAGCAAACAGUUUCCAACUUCUGCUUCCAUCGAAAGCAAAGUCCAUAGCCGGAGGGAAAACAACAAAUAAAAGCUCAUUUAUGAGCAUAAAAAAGUUUUCGUGUUGUGGCCUGCAGAAACAUAUGAACAGAGUUCGAUGAAACUUUAACUAAGAGGAAUAUCAAACGAAAACAAAACACAAAAAAUCUCAUUUUGUAUAUUUAUUGGUUAAUUGUUUGAUUUUUGCGCAACAAUCAGCCGCAAUUUUAAACCUCCGCCUAGUAAAUCGAUAACUUAUUGCCUCGACGAUACAUUCAUAAAAAAAAACAAACUUCAACAUACAUAAAUUGCAGUUAAAAAUUUCGAUGAUUACACAAUUUCUGCAUGAUUUCGAGAGCCAUUCAGUUGAAUAUUCAUUACCGUUGUUGGAACAAAAAAUGUGACAGAAAAAAAGUUUACAACGAAGUUAACAUCAAAAGAAGAAUGCUAAUGGAAUCUAUGACGAAUUGAUAUCGUCGUAAAUUUGAAGUUGUAAAAAGCAAGAGAAAACCUUCAUCUUUAAUAGUUUGACGACAUCGACAGACCAAUCUUGGAGGCAAAUAAAAAUAUUUUUUCUUUUUAACAUUCAACACGAAACAAAAUAAACCGAAACCUCAUCAUCAACAUUUAGUUCCGAGUAAAUCAUUCACAAUGAAUCAUUCGCCUCAAUAUCAUUAUAAAAGUUUAGACCCUGACUUGGACGAGUACCUGAGUGAAUAUAAAAAUCAAACACCUUUGGAACCAGAUCAUUAUGCCGAUGGAGAGUAUGAAGCUCAGUGGCUAGUUGCUGCCGGAUUUCCUCAAUUAACCAGGGCAUUCGAACAGGGUCGCGAACAACCAACAUCGGAACUUGCUCCUAUAUUAGCAAGACUGUCAAACCAUCAUGCUGAGGCGGUGAAAUUGAGAGUCAAGGCUUUGAAUAGAACUGUACGCGGAAGAACGAGAUCGAGAAACACACGAAAAAAACCAGACAUUCGGGAUGUGUUUCGCGAUGUUGAGACUUGCAGCACUGGUUCUCGAUCAAGAAGUGCAACACCUGACUCAUUAGAUUCGCUCCCGGAUCAAGAUCAAUGGAAUAAUGGUGGGCAGAUACCAAGCUUCGUCUCAAUCUUCGAUAAUAGUCCGACAGUUGGCAUUCGAGCGAAGCAAAACCUUCGACGUACACCGAGUGCACCGUUGCGUGGCUCGGCUGAACUCUUCAGAGGAUCACACAUCCGUUGCGACAUUCCUUGCUUCACAGCCGAUGGCAUUGAACUACUCAACUUCCAAAGAUUAGGCACUAUUCAUAUACCGCGCGUUCGUUCAGGCUCCGAUCCAUCGUGCACUAUUGGUAUUCGUAAAGGAAAUCAAAUCUCAUCAGCUGCACGUAGUCACAACAAUCUUUACAUCGAUAAUGAAACUUCUUCUAAUUCGUCAACAAGUUCAUCAUCGCCAAGUCCAGGAAAUUCCCCACCACGUACAAGUGACAUGAUAAAAUUCCACAAGGCCAACACGAGCACGCCGUAUCGAAUCGCUCAUGAUGCACCGAUCAGCUUUGAGAGUAUGAUUCGUGAGACUGAGAAAUCUUCUGAUGGAUCUGAAUGUGAAGCGCUUGAUGAAGUUUGCAGUGACAUCAAUAACAUCCCCGAAGGUGACAUUAAAAAACUUCAGCCAGUUUUAUGGCUGGAAUUAGCAGCGAUCUUUGACAAGCAUCACAUUGCACUUGACAAGCGAAAGCCAUUCAAACGAAAGCGAAAAGAAGAAGGAAAUGUCUUUGGUGUAUCGCUCAAUGCGUUGGUUCGUCGUGAUCAACAAGUUACCGGAGAAGAUACAUCAUUAGUUCCACUUAUCCUUCAAAGCAUCUUAAGAGAACUUAUCAAACGUGGCUCGAAAGAAGAAGGAAUUUUAAGAGUUGCAGGUCAUAAACAAAAGACGGAAACUCUCUACCAUGAAAUUGAACAACAUUUCUACUCGAAACCAGAAAAAAUUGAGCCGCUUUUAAAGCGUGCCGGUGUUCAUGACUUAAGUGCUCUCUUAAAGCGAUGGCUUCGUGAACUUCCACAGCCUUUGUUGGCUAAUGAUUUGGUGCAUUUGUUUUAUCAAACUCAUGCACUCCCGUCACAAGAUCAAGCUCGAGCUAUUUCAAUGCUGUGUCUUCUUUUGCCACAUGAAAAUCGUAAUACAAUGCGUGAACUGCUCAACUUUUUCAAACUUGUAGUUGAUUUUCAAAGUUUCAAUAAAAUGUCAAUUCACAACGUUGCAACAAUCACAGCACCAUCAUUUUUUCCCCCACGCUUUAUUCAUCCAACGGAUAAAAAUGAUAUCUCAGCUCAAGUGCGAAUGGCAGCUCAAUGUUGUCAUCUAACAAAUAUUCUUAUCGCGCAAUCUGACAACCUUUGGAUGGUUCCACAACGUUUGGUUGAUGAUGCAAAGAAGAUCAACAAAAGUGGAAAUAACAAGCGUCAACAAGCUCGUAAAACUAGGAGUGCCACUCAGUCUACGGAAUAUCGUUCGGACACCAACCACGUCCAUCGAUUAGUCAUUUAACCUUGGAACUGAUUUCUUUUUUUUAUAUUUUUCAUUUAAUAAUAAUAUAAUUAAGCAGUGAUGUGAAAUGUAACCAGCAGCUACUUAAUGGAAAUUUUUCAGAUAUUAUUGCAAUCGAAAAUCGUAAGCGAGAAAUCAAUCAAUUUAAACUUUAAAAAGCUAUUUUUAUUAUUACAUAGACGUGUGAAAGUUUAAGCAAGCGUGAGUGUGAAUCAUAAAUUAUGCUUUUUCUUCUUACUUAAUCUGUUGAUUUUGAUUCAACUUUAUGAACCGCAUUACCAAUAAAAAACUUAAUUUCAUUUACUGAUUCAGUACUAAAUAUUAAUUCCUUGAAAUGAAAUUUUGUAAUUAAGUUAAGAAAAAAGGAUUUUAUUACAUAAGAUUUCUUUCUAUAUUUUUUAUACUGAAACAUAAAAUUUUUAAAUAAUGUGUGUGACAAUGAAAUAAACAUAAAUAAUUAAAGUAUUCCGAAUGGUUUUUGCC